AUGGCUGCUCCCGCCGAUGUCACGAUCAAGAACCUCAGUGGCGAGUGGGUGAUGGACGCAACCCUGUCCGACCCCGCGGACCCAAUUCUCGCUCUGCAAGGAAUGAGCUGGUUCCUUCGCAAAGCUCUCCCCUACGCAACCGUGACCCUACAUGUACACUCGUACGCCGACCAAGACCCCGCCAAGAAAGGCGUGUACCACAUCGACGUCGACCAAGUGAUCACGGGCGGAAUUUCCGGCAGCUCCGAGCACCGCGUGCUAGACUGGCAAGAUCGCGAACACGUAGACAACAUCUUCGGAACGGUGAGCGGGCGAUCGCGAAUGCUGCGCGGCACCGAGGUUGAGGGCACCGUGCGGCCCGCCAUUGAAUUCCAGACGAAUGUCGGGGAGGCGGAGGCGGAUGCGCGCGUGCAGAAGUUUUUGAGGGGAGAGACGCUGGUGGAUGGGUCUAAGGCGGAGGGGUUUGUCGUUGAUGACAAUGACGAGGGAGAUGAGUUUGGGGAGGGCAAGGGGUUGUGGAUGCAGAGCUUUGUCGUGAAUCAGGAGUCUAAGUGGACGGCGGAGCAGAUUUGGGGGUUUGAGAUUGUUGACGGGGAGAGGAGACAUACGAGACGGGUGGCUGUUGCCAAGGAGGGACAGGUUGAGCUUGCGAGGUUGGUGUAUACUUUCAAUGCGAGACGGGUAGAGGGGGAGAAGGGUGAGGAUGAGCUCGAGGUUGAGUACUAA